UAUAUUUUUAUGAAAGUUUGACCUUUAACUACCGGUAAUGCGUUACAAAUCCGUGGUUUAGGAAAACACCGAGGUACUGUUAACGGACAUACCAACAGAUAUGUCAGGGCGUUACGGAAUAAAACAAUCUUUGAAGAAGCUGGCGGUGAAGUAUGUAGCUCCUAAAAUAGAAGAACCUAAGAAACCGGACCAUCUGUGUACACCGUGUUCACGUGAACGAAAGGAUGUGGAAGCCACGAAUUAUUGUCCAGACUGUGAUGAAAAACUCUGUUCUAUGUGCGUGGCGCAACAUAAGAAGUUUCAGAUUCUGAAAACUCACAAAGUUCUCGGAGUUCAUGAAGCGCCUGUUAUGGAAGCGCCGGUACAAGAAAAACAAAAGCUGGCAGAUACAUGCGAACACCAUGCAAGUAAACUGAUUGAUUUGUAUUGUACAAGCCAUGACGAGGUCGGAUGCGCGGCAUGUAUUGCAAUUAAUCACAAAGAAUGCCCGGAGCCUGUUUACAUCACAAAGACAGCGAAAGGCCUGUCAAAAUCCAAUAUUCCAAAGGACACUAAAGAAGAAAUUUUGAGAGUAAAGAAAGACGUGUUCAUGUUAAAACUGCGGAGACAAAAUGACAAACGAAGGUUCACAAAAGAAAGAGAUGGGAUUCUCGCGGUCAUUGGAUCUUUGAGGAUGCGCUUGAAUGAAGUGUUUGAUAAGCUAGAAGCAGCAGCACGGGAGAAGUUGAACCAGAAAUACGAUAAAGAUAUGAAAGUUAUAAAACACGACAUUCAUAUUUGUGACGAGGCUAUUCAUGCGCUUGAGGAAGCAUUAAAGAAGUUGAAGGCUGAAAAUGAUUCACAGCUGUUCGUGAAUAUCAAACGAGAUGCUAAGAAAAGUAUAGAGAAAGGUGAAUCAGUUAUUUUACCAGUGACUGAACACCUUGGCCAGGAGACAGUUAACUUCACUGUCGAUGAAAGCUUGGAGGAGUGGAUUGGUAAGCUGAGCUCGAUUGGGAAAUUUGACCACGAACAAAGCGCUUAUACCGGUGUGUUGUUUGGAAAGUAUGAUUUAAAUCAGAAGAGUGAUCCAGACCACGACGAUUAUGUUUUCAAUGGUUCUGUAAAUCUCUCUAAUGGAAACAGUAUAUUUACGGACUGGAAAAACAAACGCUUAAAGUUAAUUGACAUCAAGUAUAACUUAAGAAGUCAUUGUGAUGUGCCCGGCGAACCAUACAGCGUGUGUUACAUUGAUGAUAGCUUAGUGGCAACCACUCUUCGGGAUGAGAAGUUGAUACAAUUCGUGGCUGUUGCUGAAACAAAAUUAACAUUAGACAAGCGGUUUAAGAUAGACGAGUAUUGCAGAGGGAUUGCUUACAAGAACAAUCAGCUAUACAUCACAGUGGGCGGUGGCGAAGGUGAAAUACACGGGCAGUUGAGGGUUUACUCAAUGCAUGGUGGCCUGCUUAGGAUUUAUGAAGAAGAUGUGCAGGGCAAGCCGUUCUUUUCAUCGCCUGGAUUCAUUGUUAUAAACGAUGAUGGGUUACGUUUUCACGUAUCGGAUCACAAGAAAGGCGUUGUCACAGUAACAAAAGACGGUCGAUUGGCGUCAGUGUUUAAUGACCAUUGCCUAAAAAAUCCUCUCGGACUAUGCAUGGACGGGAAAGGAAACCUGUUUGUGAGUGGACGGGAAUCAAAUAACGUGGUACAGUUCACGGCUGACGGAAAGAAAAUGUGUGAGGUCCUCACGGAGGCUGACGGGAUCACCAGUCCGCUGGCCAUCUGCUGUCACGAGAGCGUUAACACAAGACUACUGGUUACCAUGGAAAACAGUUUUACUAUGAAGGUCUUUACAUUGCAGGAAAAAUAAUACGAGCCAACCUGCCAGUUAUCAAUUGUUACACUUUAUGAUAAAUUUUGUGUUAGUAUCGUUAUAAAUGUUCUCCCUGCAUACAAUCCAAUUUCUUGAAAAAGGCAAGGUUGUUUUAGUGAAAUUAUGCAAAACAAUGUUUUACAUUUUGCGAAAAUAAAGCAAACAUUAGAAUGGCCAGUAAACUGUAAUGGUCUUUUAAAGACAAUAAAUGGACUUUUCCUGAAUGCAUUGGGCAUGGAAAGAGUUGCAAGCGGUUUUUCGAUCAAGGACAGCUGUGUGUUGAUCUUGUUGAUUAAAGAGGCUUUUGGUUUUACGAGAAAGAUAAACGUGAUCCUAUUUUUAGCUCACCAGAGCACAAAGUGCUCAAGGUGAGCUAUUGUGACCGGUCAUUGUCCGUCGUGCGUCGGCGUGCGUCGUCCGUCAACAUUUGCCUUGUGAACACUCUAGAGGUCACAUUUGUGACCCAAUCUUUAUGAAACUUGGUCAGAAUGUUAGUCUUGAUGAUCUCUAGGUCAAGUUUGAAACUGGGUCAUGUGGGGUCAAAAACUAGGUCAGUAGGUCAGAUCAAAGGAAAAGCUUGUGAACAGUCUAGAGACCACAUUUUUGACCCAAUCUUUAUGAAACUUGGUCAGAAUGUUAGUCUUUAUGAUCUCUGGGGAAACUGGGUCAUGUGGGGUCAAGCUUGGUCAGAAUGUUUUUCUUGAUGAUCUCUAGGUCAAGUUCGAAACUGGGUUAUCUGGGGUCAAUGAAUAGGUCAGUAGGUCAGAUCAAAGGAAAAGCUUGUAAACACUCAAGAGACCACAUUUUUGACCCAGUCUUUAUGAAACUUAGAAAGUUUUGCAUGAUGAUUUCUAGGUCGAGUUUGAAUCUGGGUCAUAUUGGGUCAAAACCUAGGUCACCUGGUCAAAUCAUAGGAAAAGCUUGUGAACAUUCUAGAGGCCACAUUUGUGACUCAAUCCUUAUGAAACUUAAUCAUUUCUAGGUCAGGUUUGAAUCUGAGUCAUGUGGGGUCAAAAGCCAGGUCAAUAGGCCAAAUCAAAGGAAAAUCUUUUUAACACUCUAGAAACCACAAUUUAAGUUUGAAACUCAUGAGAAUUAGUCAGAAUGUAUGUUUUGAUAAUCUAUAGGUCAAGUUCGAAUCUGGGUCAUGUGGGGUCAAAACUAGGUCACUCGGCGAAAUCAAAGGAAAAGCUUGUGAACACUAGAGGCCACAGUUGUAACUAAAUCUUUAUGAAAUUUAGUCAGAAUGUUUGUCUUGAUGAUCUAUAGGUCAAGUUCAACUCUUGGUCAUGUGGGGUCAAAAACUAGGUCAGUAGGCCAGAUCAACUCUUGUGAGCGGUAUAUAGGGCCAUCAUGGCCCUCUUGUUUCUGUUUUGUGUUGACGGAUGUGUACGCUUAUUGAGGUAAACUUCUUCAUCCUUAUUCCGUGUAACAGAAACUUACUCAUUCAAUCAGCACAACGUACUUCAUCCUUGUAUUGACAUCAGCUUCUUACGUUUGUUUAUGAUUGAAAUGUGUAUACAUUAACGUUUUAUAAAGACUGGCAAAGACUUUCGCAAUCUUUGCCAAUAUUUCAAUUGUUAGAACUCGUCGGACUUUUUCAUUGCUUUCAUAUCAGAGUGAACCAUUUUGUCAUUUUGAAAAUUUUGUAAGGAUUAUUGUAUACACUAGCUAUUGAGACUGUUUUGCUGACAUAUCGUGAGAGUAUAAACAUUCAACUCUUAUCCAGAAUUGUCAUAAUUGUACAUUUUUUCCUGUUUAAAAAUCUUCACUUGGUUUAGUUUCUAUGAUUAUUACGUACAGUCAAGUUUUUAUUCUCCGUUACCGUAAACGUUAAUAUUUUCCCAAAUUGAUGUCGGGUGCGUGACGUCUAUCGUGUCGUUAUGUUCUUUAUUUUAUUUUAUACUAACUGAUGAAAUACUGUGUUUUAUCAGCGAGAUAUAAUCCACAUAACUCACUGCAUAUCACUCACAAUGCCGAUCUACUUGUAGGCUACAUUGUGUAUAAAUUUUGAAUUAUUUGCUUAAAACGGGAUGAAAAUUGUAGUAGCACUUUGUUCUUUAUAGUAAAUUUCUCGAUUCAAAUUAUUUUACUUAAUGAGAAUUUCAUAACGUUAUGCAGCAAAAAAAUAAAAUAAAAUGGAACUUA